GCAAAUUCUCAUCUACUCUCCAUCCAUCUUCUCUGAUCCUCGUGGACGACAAACGACCAGGCAUCAUCAGUCGCUCUGUUUCACCCCAACACGCGGAAUCAUUCCAUCUCGUCUGACCCGGGAUCGGCGGUUUCAGUCCCUCCAGGAGUCCAGCAUCUGCAUCCCCGUUUCAGAUGCCUCGUUCAUCUUAUCAGCGACAGUCCACUGCCCUCGUCCGGUCCGCCUAGAAGGUCCCCUCUCACCUUGCAUCGUCCUCCGUACUCUCCAACCACGAAAGUACCAACAAAACACCCAAGAGCCAUGGCAUACUCCCUCCCCACGCCCUUCACCCCCAACAACAGCGAGUUCGCUGCCCUCGACCCGUCGCGCGUCCCCGAUGGCACCAUCUCCAUCACCGCGCUGGCUCGCUUCGAAUUCGAAGCCGGCAAGGGCAACGACGGGACCAAAAUCCUGAUGAUCGAGUGGGAAGACGACGAUCUCGGCCGAACUUCCACCGACAACAGCAACAACAGCAACAACAGCAAAGGCGGCUCAUGGCACGUCGCCUGGGAAGGCAAACAGGCGGUCCUCCCCGCCGACGAGAAGACCAAGGACAACACGCGCCGGUUCUACUUCCUGCUCCCGCCGCACGUCACCAUCCCUCCGACCGUGACGCUCUUCUACGAAGCCGCCCCGGCCGACCACGACCCAACCGCUGCAAAAGCCCCCGAGCCGCUGCACCUGAACCCCCUACCCGCGAUUUUCCCGCCGGAGCUGGGAGCGGACGGCCGGUCCGCGGGCAAGAAGGGGGUGCUGCACACCAUCUGGGCGAAGAAACGGCUGCAGGUGCUGGACAAGGAGAUCCGCGACGAGUGCCGGGCGAACGUCGAGGGGAUCGCGCUGCACAUGGCGCUGCAGGAGAAGGAAUGGAUCGAGACCAACUUCGGGGUCUCGUUGAACCCCGAGCGCAGCCCGCCGGCCAGCCAUCCGGAUCCGCAUUAUCCCAUGGGGCCGGCGACCCCGGUGUCGCCCAGUACCACCGGUGGGGGGAAGCUGGGGGAGAAGCUGAGGGGGUUGAAGUUGCAGACGAGUGAGAAGGAGCUAUCGCCAAAGGGAGAGGGCCACGCCGGCGCCACCGCCCGCCAUCUCCUCUCCCCGCAGUCCCCAGACGUCGCCGUCUCCUCCUUCACCUCCUUCCACACUCUGCACAGCAACAACAACAACAACAACAACAACACCACCACCAACAACAAUCAACCCGCCCAACCACCCUCCGACCCGCCCAUCCGCCCCAUCAUCGUCCACUACCCCCCCGAAUCCCUGCAAACCCACCAAUCCCCCAAUCACCUGCAACAAAACCACCACCUCCUCCACCACACCGGCUUCACCUCACUAGGCACAAUGACACACACCUCCAGCACGGAAUCCGGAUCCGGCGAGGAGCUCUUCGCCAAGGCCCUGAGUCCGCGCACGCCCGAUUUACCCCGGAGUCCCUUCUCCUUCAGUCCGGGGACUUUACAUAUGUGAGAUGUCUUGUUCCUGCCUUUUGCAUCCGCGAGACUUGGGUGGUUCUGUGGUUUUUUUCUUUUGUGGUUGGUUUUUUUUUUUU